GAGUCGUGACCGAAAGAACAAGAUCCCGGAUACAAGUGGCCGAAAUGAGUUUCUUCCGCAGGGUGUCCGGGCUCUCCCUUAGAGAUAGGGUGAGAAGCUCGGUCACCUGGGAGGGGCUCAGAGUAGAGCCGAUGCUCCUCCGUAUUGAGAGGAGCCAGAUGAGGGGGCUCGGGCAUCUGUUUAGGAUGCCUCACGGACGCCUCCCUGGUGAGGUGUUCUGGGUACAUCCCACCGGGAGGAGACCCCGGGGACGACCCAGGAUACGCUGGCCUGGGAACGCCUCGGGAUCCCCCCGAAAGAGCUGGAGGAAGUGGCUGGGGAGAGGGAAGUCUGGGCGACCCUGGUAAAGCUAGUGUUCCCGUGACCCGACCUCAGAUAAGCGGUAGAAAAUGGAUGGAUGGAUGGAUGGAUAUUGACAAGCAAAAUACCAUUGACAAGAGUUUAGGCGGAGCGUAAUGCAAAGUCAAUUAUCUUCACUGGAUUAUCUAUAUCACUCAUUUUAUUGCUUCCGUCAGUGUUUCUCUCAUUCAGUAAUCAUCUCAGCUGACCACAGAGGUCAGAGGCCACUGGGGUAAAGUUAAGUGGGCAGAGCAGAAAAUGAAUCAGUCAGAGAGAAAGCGAGACAGAGUGUUGUUGUGCAAGGAGCCUACUUCUCAAGGGCAGGUUAGUGUGCCGGUUGCUGUCGCAGCAGUCACAACAGAGUAAGAGAAGCAACGGUCUUACCUGUCUGUUACAGACAAUUUUCUGAGAUUGUCAUAGGUUGCCUGAUUGAUGGAAACAUGGUUUGAUUAUCCCCAUUUCUGGUUCUGUUGUUACAUUUGAAUCUGGGUUUAAGUGUGCUACAUUAUGAUAUCGCCUGGUGGACAGACUUUCCGAGGCAGAUGCCUUACAUUGGCAUUGAAAGUGUGAAACUAUUAUCAGCAGGUACACUAUACACUCCUGGCCUGAAGUGCUUCAUACACUCCAUUACCUCAGGGUCUCCUAAAACCAAGCCGACCUUCAGAGCCACAUUCUUACUGUACUCAUCACCCAAUCCACCUCGCCCAAGUGAAAAAGCCAAACACCACCAUCUGAUACCUCAUCAUCAGAAUCAUGCUGAGCCAGGAGUUCUUGCAGAAGCUGAGACUGCCAGAUCUGGAUUCUGUCAGUCAGUACUGCAGGGGUCUCUCCAUCUCUACAUUAAUCAGCAUGGGGGCGAUCACAGCUGCAACAACCUUAUACAUGGCAACACGACCAAAGGCCCUCCCACCCAUCUGUGAUCUCAAAAUGCAGUCAGUCGAAGUUCCGGGAGGAGAGUUUGUAUACCAAUCAGCUCUGCUGAAUGGUGACAGUCUCUUGACGCAUUUCUAUGACGACGCAAAAACAAUGUAUGAAUUCUUCCUGAGGGGCGCUCAAGUAUCCAAUAAUGGUCCUUUUUUGGGCUCCAGGAAACCCAAAGGUCCCUAUGAAUGGAUGUCCUACCAAGAGGUGAUGGAGCGAACAGAAAAUCUCGGAUCCGCUUUUCUGCAUAACGGACACUCCAAGGCCACUGACCCCAACAUUGGCAUCUUCUCUCAAAACAGACCUGAGUGGACUAUCACUGAGCUGGCAUGCUACGCGUAUUCCCUGGUGUCUGUCCCGCUUUAUGACACACUUGGUGCAGAGGCCAUCAACUACAUUAUAGACAAAGCUUCCAUCUCCACCAUAGUGUGCGAUGUGGCAGAUAAAGUCAACCUGGUACUUGACUGUGUAAAAGACAAGAAAUACACUGUGAAGACCAUUGUUGUAAUGGAGAGUCCGAGCGAAGAGCUGGUGGACAGAGGCAAGCAAGCUGGAAUCGACAUUCUCAGCUUGCGCGAGAUGGAGGCCAUUGGAAAGGCGAACUAUCACCAACCUGUGCCUCCCAGACCUGAAGAUAUGGCUGUCAUCUGCUUUACUAGUGGAACAACAGGAAACCCAAAGGGAGCGAUUUUGUCACAUAAGAAUAUUGUGUCCAACUGCUCCGCUUUCCUUCAGCUAACACAGGCCACCUGUCUAUUGGGUCCCAGGGAUAUCCAUAUUUCAUUUCUUCCCCUGGCUCACAUGUUUGAGAGAGUUGUACAGGGAGUGAUGAUGGUUCAGGGAUCCAAGAUUGGAUAUUUCCAGGGAGAUAUUCGUCUUCUGAUGGAUGACCUCUGUACACUAAAACCUACUGUGUUUCCUGUGGUACCUCGACUUCUAAACCGGAUAUACGAUAAGAUCUUUGGGCAGGCCAACACUUCUGUGAAGCGGUGGCUGCUGAAUUUUGCAUACAGUCGAAAGGAAGCAGAGAUGUCGAAAGGCAUUGUAAGGAGAGACAGCAUCUGGGAUAGAUUAAUCUUCAGAAAGGUUCAGGCUAGCCUUGGGGGUUGCGUACGUCUGAUGAUAACGGGGGCUGCUCCCGUCUCGCCUACUGUCCUCACUUUCCUCCGAACUGCAUUAGGAUGUCAGUUCUAUGAAGGCUAUGGACAGACAGAGUGUACCGCUGGUUGCACAUUGACCAUGCCAGGUGACUGGACUGCCGGUCACGUUGGUGCUCCUCUGCCUUGUAACUUCAUCAAGCUGGUAGAUGUGGCUGAAAUGAACUACCUGGCUGUAAAUGGCGAAGGAGAGGUGUGUGUGAAAGGUCCCAACGUGUUCCAGGGUUACCUGAAUGAUCCGGAGAAGACUGCAGAGACUAUUGAUGCUGAUGGAUGGGUUCACACUGGAGACAUUGGGAAAUGGCUUCCUAAUGGCACACUAAAGAUUGUGGAUAGGAAGAAGCACAUCUUCAAACUGUCUCAGGGGGAAUACAUAGCUCCCGAGAAGAUAGAGAAUGUCUAUGUGAGGAGUGAUGGCGUGGCACAAGUUUUCGUGCAUGGAGACAGUCUACAGAGUUUUCUGGUAGCAGUGGUGGUUCCGGACCAUGACUUCCUGUGUGGUUGGACCAAGAGGACCAUGGGAGUGGAGGGCAGCUAUAAUGCACUUUGCAGUAGAGCGGAUGUCAAGGCGGCUAUCUUGGACGACAUGGUGCGACUCGGCAAGGAAGCCGGCCUCAAGUCGUUUGAGCAGGUGAAGGCCAUAUGUCUCCAUCCUGAGCUGUUCUCAAUCGACAAUGGUCUGCUCACGCCAACACUGAAAGCCAAGAGAAACGAAUUGAGACAACACUUUAGAUCCCAGAUGGAUGAGCUAUACGUUGGCAUCAAGAUGUAGGAGAACAGAAAGAAAUGUGGAUGGAAAGAUAGCCAAGAAUGAAGGACAGACACACACCAAAUGAUGGAACAUGCCAUUUCACUCCAAAGGAAGUUUUCACUUCAGACCUCAUACUGUGAGCUGUUAUAUAGCUGUUAAUGAAAGACAUGCAUUUUUUACCCCCACAAUUUAAACCAGUUCCCAAGUGUCUUAAUCGUAUGUCUGUGACAUGCGCCUGUCCAAAUACCCGAAAGAUCAAUAAUUAUAAUACACCGCAACAUCCACUUUUAACACCCUGCGUGAAGUUAUUCGGUUUUGAUGUCCUGCGGGCCCAAUCCCAUAUGGCUUUUGUUACCAGGACUACUAGAAGCCGAGUCUUAAAAGGUGAGGGCAAACAUGCCACAGGCACCGUAGCCACCAGACCGCAAACCACUGGAGAGGGGACUUUUUCACUGUUCUGCAGAAUUACAUGUAGUAGAUUAAAUUAGUGUAGUAGAUUAAUUUGGCACAUACAGUGGGCACAUCGCCAAACUCAAUUAUUCUAGUUCAAUUUAGCCGAAUGUUUACUGUAAAUAACACUCAUACAGUAACUAUUGUAUACCAACUUCUGAAUACUUUCCGUACACACUGUAAGUGCCAUUUAUGAGCAGCUAAUGCUAAUCUAUGCAACCAACAAAACUCAUUGCUGCGCUGAUUAUUUUAUGGAUUUGUCACAGUGUUUCACUCCGUGUCGUCCAGCUGUUGUUUGAAAGACCUGGGCGGAUAAACUCUGUGUGGGCCAUAUUAUGCACAUUUGACACACUAUUGCAUCUCAAACUGGCAAAAUUCAGGAUGGCUUGCCUACAGUCACAUUUUCGGAAACAGGCAGUUCACAAAAUACUUACUUGGUUGUUUAAUUUCAUAUUAAUGGAUUGUCGAGCACUCCAAAGACCCAAUUAUUUGCACACAAACAGAUCAGAAUACAGUACAUGUACAUUUUUCACACUAUGACCCCUUUAAAUGGUGAUGGAAGAGUGUUUAUUGCCAUAAUAUUGUACACAAAAAUACACACGUAAUUUUUACUUAAAAAAAAUUAAAUAAAAUCAUUUGCCCUACUAAACGAGUUUCAUGAACAAAGAUUCCAUUCUUGUUUUUGUUGAAAAAUAUUUUGUUUAUGACUAACAAUGCAACCAACCAACCUACUAACUAACCAACAAAAGGAAAAAUCCACAAAUAAUGAUAAUCCUCAGGAAAAGAACAAUUACAGGACAAAUGGAAAAUAUUUUAAUAUAUGUAAUUUGAACUCAUGUGAAAUAAAUGAUUGUUUCUUUAUGAUUUAAUUAUAUAAUUAUUGAAAUGUGUAUGUGUAUCGAAAAGAGUUGUGUGCUCUAUAUAAUUAUUUUUUACUGUAUUUGUAUGUAUGUAAUUGUAAUUUACGUUGUAAUUUUUUUAAUUAAAAAUAAUUAACAGAG